AUGGAUGCCAAUCUAGUUGAAGUGAUGCAAGGGAUGUCGCUGGAGGAGGAUAAACCGAUCGUUAUACCGGAGGAUAUCACCUACUGUGCGAUGGAGAGAGGAGGAAGAAGCUUACUGGGCAGAUUCUUGAACCCAGAGUGUCAACAUAUGCCUCGUAUGUUGAAAACAAUGCCAAAGAUCUGGAAGGUUUAUGAGAGAGCUAGGGGAAUAGCCUUAUCUAAGGAGCGUUUCCAGUUUGUCUUCGAUCUCGAGACAGACAUUCAGACUGUGCUGAAACAGGGUUUCUGGACCUUUGAUGACUGGGGGAUGGCGUUGGAGAGAUGGGUAGAAGUUCCUCCAAGGACCUACUUGCAGACAGCGGCGAUAUGGGUGAGACUCCGCAAUAUUCCGGUGAACUACCUUACGUAUAAAACGAUUGAUGCGAUAGCUGAUGGGAUUGGACAUGUAGAAGUGAUAGAGUUUGAUCCGGAAAAGCCACAGCUGCAAGAUUAUGUGAGAGUUCAAGUGACCAUUGACCUGAACUUACCGGUGAGAGAUAAGAAGUCUCUGAGCUUGCCUGGUGGUCGGGUGGAAUACAUAGAUGUGGAGUAUGAGAGAGUAAGGAAGAAGUGCUACCAUUGCAUGAGGCUAACACACGAGAAGCUGAAGUGUCCUCUGUUUCAAGGUAACAAGAGCAAGGGGAAGGAGAUUGCAGUGGUACAGAGUACAGUGCAGAACCAAUCUGGUGGGAGCCGUCAGCACCAUAAUGAUCUUACUGAGAAGAUUAUGCCGUUACUGGCUCCAUCAGUGCCACCAGGUUUUGCCCCACAAAGCACAUUAGUGGCGCCUGAAGUCUUUGAGGAGAUGCGAUUCUACAUGAAUUGUAUUGUUCCAGAGGAAAGAAGAGUACGAGAAGCUAAGAUGAGAAAGACGUUAGAUGAGCUCUCGCGAGAUCCGGUUGCACAAAGAUCUUGCUUGAGAUUGGAGAGAGCGCCUUUAAUCUCUAGAGAAAGAACUGGUGAAGUUGGCCAUGUUUUUGACUUCUGCACAUCUGAGAAUGGAGGAGUACCAGAUGUUGUGGAGUCAUCAUUGAGGAGAGCACCACACCAAUACGAUAAUCGUGGUAUGGAACGUGAUGGCUCUAGACUACAUGAGGAAGGAAGUGGAACAGUGGGGGCCACCGGGGAGCCUGAUACAGUGGGUCGGGAGGUUGUUCUUGCAUCGCCACAGAAGAAGAGAUUGGAUACGAGAAAGAUGAAUGAGGUGAAUGCAGCGACAUCAUCAGCACUAGAACAACCUCGCUUUACUAUGGGCUACACUCCAGCAAUGUCAGCAGACAAGAGCAGUAAGAGUAGAGGAACGACCAGAAGCAAGAGUUCAUGGUGUAGGAGGGACCAAAAGAAGAGACGCGCAACAGGUCCAGAUGAUGAAGGAGUAUUCAGAGAAAGCGAAGAAGGCCCUCUGAAACGUAAAGCUACUGAUGAGGACGAAGUCUCAUCUAAGGUAUCGAAGCAACAUGGAGGUUUGAUGGUUCACCAGAAACCAUCCAAUCCUCAAUGA